AUGCAGUCGGACGAUGUUAUCUGGGAUACACUAGGAAACAAGCAAUUUUGUUCCUUCAAAAUAAGAACCAAGACUCAGAGUUUCUGCAGAAAUGAAUAUAGCCUGACUGGACUGUGUAAUCGGUCAUCCUGUCCCCUGGCAAACAGCCAGUAUGCCACUAUCAAAGAAGAGAAAGGACAGUGCUACUUGUAUAUGAAGGUUAUAGAACGAGCAGCUUUCCCCAGGCGUCUCUGGGAACGGGUCCGGCUUCAUAAAAACUAUGAGAAAGCACUGGAGCAAAUAGAUGAAAACCUAAUUUACUGGCCCCGUUUCAUUCGACACAAAUGUAAGCAGAGAUUCACCAAGAUCACUCAGUACCUAAUUCGAAUUCGAAAACUUACACUUAAGCGACAGAGGAAACUUGUUCCUUUGAGUAAGAAGGUGGAGCGGAGGGAAAAACGGAGAGAGGAAAAGGCAUUAAUAGCUGCCCAGCUGGACAAUGCCAUCGAGAAAGAGUUGCUGGAGAGACUGAAACAGGAUACGUACGGUGACAUCUACAACUUCCCCAUCCACGCCUUCGAUAAGGCCCUGGAACAGCAGGAGGCAGAGAGUGACUCUUCAGAUACUGAGGAAAAAGAUGAUGAAGAAGAUGAAGAAGAUGUGGGGAAGAGAGAGUUUGUGGAAGAUGAUGAAGUGGAUGACAGCGACAUAAGUGAUUUUGAGGAUAUGGAUAAACUGGACGCCAGCAGUGAUGAAGAUCAGGAUGAUAAAUCCUCCAGUGAAGAAGAAAAAGCCCGUGAUGCCAAACACAAAGGCAAAACACCUCUGAAAGGGCCUUUGAGGAAGAAAAGAGCCUACGUUGAGAUAGAAUACGAGCACGAGACAGAGCCCGUGGCCAGGGCCAGAACCACGUGA